AAAUAGUUACAUUUUGUUGGUAUUUGUGAGCGACAAUCUAGCGUUGAGUGUAGAAAAAAAUCGCCGUCGAAGGAAAACAGUCGAGUUAAACUGAAAUUAUAUUUACAAAACAGCAAUUCACAUCAAAAAAUGACAACUGCGAUCGACCCAGAACUGCGCACCAAAAUCGAUGCCGCUUGCCGGAUGGAGGAGGAAUUCAUCAAAUUGUACAACGAAAAAGUAGCCAAGAAGCGGCAUCAGAUGACCCGGCUCUACAUGGACAACGGUUUGCUGGUGUGGAACGGAAAUGGUGCCAACGGGAAGGACAACAUCCAGAAGUACUUCCAGGAACUGCCCCGCUUCGAAUACAUUAUGAACACCCUGACUAUAAUUGAAUCAUCGCAGGGCUGGUAGCGGAUCUGGUUUUCUAUUUUAAUUCGAGUCUUUAAAAAGUGCAAAAUUAAAUGCAAAUUCCUCGAGAAAAAGCCUCAAGAAUUAUCCUAGUGCUUGCUCCAGACAUUACAGCUUGAAUUCUUUCAAGAAUUCCUACUGGGAUCACCCCAGAAAUUCGUCUAGAGAUUUCUCAACCAAUUCUCCCUGAAAUUGAUUUGGCGAUUCUUCAAAUGAUGUUUCUCUAGAAUUUUCUCCUGGAAAUGCUUGAGCGCUUCAACGCUACUAUCUCCUGUAAUUCGCUAAGGGAUUAUCUCUAUUUUUUUUCCAAAGACCAGAAUUCUAGUUAUGUUUCUACUAAUCAUUCAACCGAAUUCUCCAGUUGUUACUCUGUCAAGCUAGAGCCUCAGGAGUUCAGUUGGAUUGUUGUCGAAUAAAAGUUCAAGCUACAGCAGCGUUUCAAUAUUAGACGGAUACUGAUGUGAAUCUGAAGAUAUAAUGGAAAUGUUAACAAGUAAUUAUAAAAAUGUAAUAAAAAACAGAUAUUAAAUAAGGAUGGGGACUGGAA